UCAUUAUAAAAAUCAGUGUAGGAUCGAUCACUCAGCACAUCAUAUCGGUCUCAUCCAAAUGUUGUAAGAUAAAAGGUAAUUAAUCACCGAAAUUUCAUUAGAAUUUUCAUCUACUCCUGACAUGUUGAGGCCCCCCACCUCCACUCAAUCACACUAUAUACGCUCGUCACCACCCCCCUCCGAAUUACCCUCACCUCAAACCAUCCACGACGAUCAACAUCCAAACCCUAACCCUAAAACUCGAUGUCGCCGGCGACGAUAGCCUUCGCCGGAGUGAUCGUGGUGGCGGCGAUCUAUUGCGGAAUGAAUCCCUUCAAUCACGGCGCGAUGGCGGGAUUCCCGGGGUUCGAGACGUACAAGGUGGAGCUCGCGCCAGCGACGGCGGUGCCGUCGGUGGUGGACUCGGAGAACCGGCUCACGGCGGCGGAGGUGCGGUUCAUGGAUCAGGUGCAGGGGCCGGAGAGCAUUGCCUUUGAUCCGAGCGGCGGAGGGCCGUACACCGGCGUUGCGGAUGGAAGGGUUGUGGUUUGGGAUGGCGAGAAGUGGAAGGAUUUUGCGUUUACUUCGCCAAACAGGUCCGCUAUAUGUGAUCCAAAACCAUCAGCCUUAAGUUAUGUGGAGAAUGAGCAUAUAUGUGGUAGGCCAUUGGGUCUUCGAUUCGAUAAGAAAACUGGAGACUUAUAUAUUGCUGAUGCAUAUUUUGGGUUAUUAAAGGUUGGGCCCCAAGGUGGUUUGGCCACAUCACUGACCACAGAGACUGAGGGUGACCCCUUUAAGUUCACAAAUGACUUGGAUAUAGAUGAAGAAGGAAAUAUUUAUUUCACUGUCAGCAGUAACACAUAUUAUAGAAGAAAUUUCCUACAGUCAAUAUUUACUGGGGAUCCAACUGGAAGACUACUGAAAUAUAAUCCUGUUACAAAGGAAACAACUGUACUCCUCCAUGGUCUUCAGUUCCCAAAUGGUGUCUCUCUAAGCAAAGAUGGAUCCUUCUUGGUAUUCUGCGAAAGUUCACGCAAUAAGUUAACCAGAUACUGGCUCAAGGGUGAAAAGGCUGGGACACCUGAACUCUUUGCCAUUGUACCUGGUGCACCUGACAACUUGAGAACCAAUGAGAAUGGUGAAUUUUGGGUGGCGAUUCACUGUCGUCGCCGAGUGUUUACAUAUUUUUUUGCCAUGUAUCCUAAGAUAAGAAAAUUUUUCCUGAAGCUCCCAAUUCCAACCAAGUUACAGUACCUGAUACACACGGGAGGUAAGCUACACGCAUUGAUCAUGAAGUAUGGACCUGAUGGUAACUUGUUAAAAGUUCUGGAAGAUAGACAAGGAAAGGUAGUGAGAGCAGUCAGUGAAGUUGAAGAGAAAGAUGGCAAGCUUUGGAUUGGUUCUGUUCUUAUGUCAUAUAUUGCAGUUUAUGCUGAUGGAGACUAGUAUGUAAUCCAUUUGUAGCUUGUAGAGUGAGAAAUGCUUUGCUAGUAAAAUAAGAAGCCGUGGAGAAUCUUCAGGAUCAUUGGAUGGGUGACAUGUGGUAGUAUGUGGCAUGUGAACACCAUGUGUCAUUCAUCCAAUGACCUGAAUACUUUUUAGGCUUUGUUUUGUCCAUUGCAGUAUUAGUCUUAGGUUUUUAUGGACUAAGCUUGAUGUACAUAGUUAUGGCUUGUUAUGGAUAAUUUAUAUUUAAUGUUGAUUGUUAGUUUGCAUUUGAUUUCA